GCCAGCGGCGUCAGGUUAGUCGGGUUCGGGUUCUGUGCGGCACAUAACUCGUGUUGUCCGCUUUGCCCCGUGCUGGUACGUUGUCCGUCGAUCGUUUCGCGUGUGCACGAUAACAUCAUAUUAAAAUAUUAUAUUAUUAACGCAUUGUACCACCAAUCGUGAUUACCAUACAUAUAUAUUUAUAUUAACGUAUACGGUUUUCGUGCCUCUUACAAGAUUUCAGCGGGGUUGGAAAUAUGACGAAGCAGAGUUUUAAAACUGAUACCGUAAUCCAUGAAUAUUAUUAUUGAGUAGGUAUAUAUUUUUACUAUUGUCGUCGCACUUGUUCGGAGAUUCGCGAGUUGGUGGUGCUUUGAUAACCCUCUACUCGGUAGCUAACAUCACCGGUGUCGAACGUCUGCUGCACCGGCGCCCUCGUCGUGUCCCGGGUACGGUGACGAUGUCGUGACUCUGUCCACCGAAGGACGUGACACCGCACUAGACGGCCACGACAGAGAAGACGACGACGACGACGACUGAGCAGACGGCCACCCGAAUGGGGUACACUGGUGGUAAUGUUACUGGCCAGGGCAAACCCGAGUAUGAAGCUUUGGUGAGCCGGCAAGAGGCCGAGAUUCGCAUGCUGGAGGUGAUGCGAAGGUGCGUGACCAGCAAGCUUAAGUGCGAUCGCGAGUAUGCAGCCUCGUUGAGCGCGGUGUGCGCGCAGGGCUUCAAGUGCGGCCCUGGCGGUGCCGGCGAUACGAUUUCCGGUGGCAGCCUGGUGGCCGGAGCCUGGAAGCGGUUGUUGGACGAGUUGGAUGCUGCCAGCCGGGCUAUACGAGGCGUGUGCGAUCGAAUCGAGAAAAAUACGCUGGAGCGAAUCGCGGGUAUUUGUGCGGAGAAGAGGAAAGCGAAAAAAACGUACCAGGACGAGUAUAACAGGAUUUCGCUGCAGUACAACAAUUUGGUUGACGAGUUGGCAAGAAAAAAGGCGGAUUAUACCAAACAUCUAGAAACCUAUCGUUCUAUGAGAUCUAGAUUUGAAGAACAUUUUUUUAAAAGUGGUCGAGGUGGAAGAAAAUUGGAUGAUGUCCGAGAAAAAUAUCAAAGGGCUUGCCGGCGAUUGCAUCUAGUACAUAACGAGUAUGUUUUAUUGAUUGCCGAAGCUCAGGAAUCGAAAAAAGAUUUCCAAACAGUGAUGAUGCCUGCAUUUAUGCAACAUCAUCAACAAGAGCUGGAAAAUAUCAUAGUUGAUUGGAAAAAUGCUUUAACCGAAUUGGCUGUUCAAUGGAAUCCAGCAUCUGAAGAGUUUGUGCAAAUUGGCUUACGCAUGGAAUCGUGUACGGAUAUCAUACAACCAUGUGAAGAGUAUAAUGAUUACACAAAAAAGACUGAUCGAAAUGAUGCCGAAAUCGUAUUCGACGGUGCGCUUGUACAGGACGACACAUCUGGACAUCUACAAGCCAACCAGCUGGCAGUCGACAACCUGACUAUGGACUGGGUGCGUAAUAAAAUGACUGAACUCGAAACCCGACUGAAAGAAUGCCAAGACGCUAUGGAAACCAGUAUGGAUAAUAAGUCAGAAAAUAAUACUGAAUUACAAUUGAUUGAACUCAGAAGUGAAGAACAUAGACUACAAAAACAAUUAGAUGUGAUAAAAAAAGCACUUUUUGAAAUAGGUUGUGAAGAAUUACCUUCUGGUUGUGAUCUUCCAUCUUUAGACAUAAAUGAUAUUGAUAUUACUGUUGAUGGUACUCUGAAAAGACCUUCAUUAGGUAACGUUAGUCAAGCUUCAUCAAUGAUGACUAUAGCUACUACACUAGUUACGUCUAGUUUGGUAGACAUAUUGCGUAAACCAUUUCGUCGCAAGUCAGUUCCAAAUUCAGGAAAUGGUAACUUGUCAAUGGAUACAAAUUCAGUGCAAAAUAAUCAUAGUGCCAUAACUACAACUACAGCAAGUUCAGGCGUAGGUUCAAACAGUGAUAGUAAUAAUCAUUAUCACUCAGACAGUUUAGAUGGAAAUGACGGAUCGGUUAUUGUUGAUAUGCGACCGAUAGUCACGCCUGUACCAUACCAAACAAUUGCUGAAAACAAUUCUAACAUCUCUUUGCCUUGUGUGAUUGGAUCUUCUGUGAAAUCAUUAAUUGAAGAAGAAUGGUUCCAUGGAGUAUUGCCUAGAGAAGAAGUUGUUAGGCUACUAACUAAAGAAGGUGAUUUUUUAGUGAGAGAAACCACUAGAAACGAUGAAAAUCAGACUGUAUUGUCCGUUUGUUGGGGUGGACAUAAACAUUUUAUUGUUCAAACCACUUCUGAUGGUGAGUUCCGUUUUGAAGGACCAUCAUUUCCUACAAUUCAAGAACUUAUCACAUAUCAAUAUCAGAGUGCAUUACCAGUUACUAGUCGCUCAGGAGCUAUACUCCGACAACCAAUACCCAGAGAACGCUGGGAAUUGAAUAAUGAUGAUGUGUUGCUACUUGAAAAAAUUGGAAGAGGUAAUUUUGGCGAUGUAUACAAAGCAAGACUGCGAUCUACUAAUAAAGAAGUUGCAGUAAAAACAUGUCGAGUUACCGUGCCCGAUGAGCACAAAAAAAAAUUCCUGCAGGAAGGUCGUAUUCUAAAACAGUAUGAUCAUCCUAAUGUUGUUAAAUUAAUCGGUAUCUGUGUACAAAAACAACCGAUUAUGAUAGUCAUGGAACUAGUCGCAGGAGGGUCUUUAUUAUCAUAUUUAAGGAAUAACUCUAAGACCUUAACUGUUCUCCAAUUGGUCUCAAUGUGUCGUGAUGCAUCUGCUGGUAUGAUGUACUUAGAGAGUAAGAACUGCAUUCAUCGUGAUCUCGCAGCUCGAAAUUGUUUAAUUGAUGAUAACAAUAUAGUGAAGAUUUCUGAUUUUGGCAUGUCCAGAGAAGAAGAAGAGUAUAUUGUUUCAGAUGGUAUGAAACAAAUUCCAAUAAAAUGGACAGCUCCCGAAGCUCUAAAUUUUGGUAAAUAUACUACGCUAUGUGACGUUUGGAGUUAUGGUGUGCUAUGUUGGGAGAUAUUUGCCAAAGGUGGAACACCAUAUAGUGGUCUUAGUAAUUCAAAAGCUAGAGAAAAAAUAGAUAGUGGCUAUAGAAUGCCAGCUCCUGAGGGUACACCUGAAGAGAUCUAUCGUCUCAUGUUACAGUGCUGGCAAUAUCAGCCAGAAAACCGACCACAUUUUGACAAGAUAAACACAAUUAUGGAAUCAUUGGUCAAAUCGUUAAGUCCAGUGUCUCCUAAAAUGCGUAUUGUUGAAGGCGCUAAAUCAAAUGAUAUUUCCAAUGUUGCUCUAUUUAUGUUGCGAAUAUGAUGAAAAUCGUUGGCUUUUUGGUAGGCCGCAAUCCAAAUGGUCUGUGGUAACCUGUCUUCGAAAAUGGUGAUAUUGCUGUGGGCGAUUCAGAAUCUUCACCAAAAUCUCAACUCAUGAAUGUGGAAAGUUCUUAUUGUGAUUGUUUUAUUAUUUUGUUUAUUUUUUUAAAUUAUUGUUAAAAUAACUGUUUUGUUUAGCAGUUUUAUCAACCUUCAAUCUUAGCUCCAAAUACAGUGUAAAAGAAAGAAUUUGUUUAGUUGAGAUCUUAGACUAAUCAUCUGUAUCUACCAUUAUCUAUUUGUUACCUAAAAUGUUACGAAAAAAAUUUUAUGCUCAAAAUGAUUUUUUGGACUUAGUUAAAUACAAAAAUCUCAAUUUUUAG